AUGUCAAACGAGCAUCCACAACACUCCAAAGGAAAACUAAAAUAUUUUCCUCAAGAAGUUACUUCCAAAUGUUCUAGCUGUGAAGAACUUUCAAAACAAUUCAACACGCUACUUGAAAUUCUAGCAGAACAUAAAGUUUUAUUAGACACAAUUGUGAAACAAAACCAAAUUACAUCAAAUCUUAUGGAAUUUUUCCCUAUCGAAUCUGAAGAAAAACUAAGAGAAUUUGAUGCUAUUUUGAAAACUCAUUCAGACCCAUACAUUCGACAAAUGAAAUCACUCCUUGCGGGUAAUGCAGAAAAAAACCUUCAUGAAAUAUUUGGCCAAAAUAUUAUCAUGAAUUUUAAUGUUGAUGGCUCUUUUGGCAAAAAGAGGUUGCGCGAAUACGCAAAUGUUUUUAAAGCCAAAAUAGAUGUAAUAUCAACUUUUAAUGAAAAUUCGGACAAAACAAUUAGAGCAGCAUUUCAGCGUCAAAAGAAAAAAUAUUUUAAACAAAUGGGUCGCAGCAAAACCAAAAAUAAUGAAAAUCGUGAAGACGACGAUUCUCCCAAAGAGGAUUAGUAAUUUUACCUAAUUUUAGUAAAACAAAAUUUUUAUGUUCCUUUAUAAAUAUUUUUAAGAGAGACUGAAUAAUAGUACCUUU